AUGAUACGGGUCCCGGGCGAGUGCGCUCUUUACCUGCAAAAUGUGACACAAGCUUGCGCAGAGUACAAGCCAUAUAUACAAUGUCGAGCACGGAGUGGUGUGGAGGCGAUGCACAUAAUAGAGCAGCGCAGUGUGGAAUUUGCGGAGGAUUAUGUGACGCAGAGUCUGGUGUUUGCUGACGGAUCUCUGUUGUUUUUCGUGGAUUUCGAGACCAAGACGGAGCGGCAGUUUGCCGGCUUCAAGACCUCGUUGUCGGCCCUUUCGCCACGAGAUGACGGAAAGCUGGUUGCGGUCGGAUGCAUCGACGGCCUACUGGGUAUACUGCGAGUCGAGGAUAUCCGAGAGCCGAUUCGAUGGUGGAAGCGACACACUGGAAAGAUUGUCGCGUGUGAAUUUCUCGGAGUUCGGACACACGUCGUCUCCGUCUGUUCGCAACGGCGACUGUGUGUCUGGGACCUGGCCAAAGAUCAAGACCCCGUCGCCGUUGUCCAUGAGCUGGCCACAGCGGAGCCCAUCUCGGUGGCCGCCCAUUCCACUGAGCCCUACACCUUCUUCGUGGGUUUUUCAGACGGCUGCAUCCGCAAGUACAUGUACCAUCCGCCCCAGAACACGCACGAUGACGAAUGGGGGACAGUUAAGCUGCUCCAGUCGUGCACCGUCAUCCCUGGGGACCGAGCAAGUCGGAGCGGUCAGGCAAUGGAUACUACUCAGGCCACUUCCCCUGGUAUUACGCGUCUGGUCCACAGGCUCGUUCCAGAGCCUGGCCCCGAAACAACGUCGAUUAGCGACGCCGUGGCUCCGUCCGGAAGUGGUGUGCUGUUUGCCAGUCAGGACAAUGCCGUUAACAUCUUGCUGGACGACCUCUCCCCUUCUACAGCCGCGGCGGUGGAAGCCGCAGUGGACGAAGUCAUGGCGGCGCCGGAUCAGGACGAAGGCCCGGUGGUUGCGCGCCAUGUGAUUCACUUGCAGAGGAUUACGGAUCUGAAAGUUGUGGAUUCGACGGACGGCUUGCGCGCGGUCACAUCUUCGGCUGACGGGACGGUGAAAGUUACGCGGCUGGGCCGGAUGGGUUGGGAGUUACUGCAACGCGUGGAUGCGCGGCAAGUAUUGCUGGCGUGCGUGGGCGACGCAGAAAGCAAAUUCCUGGGCAGCAGCGCAGUUGAUGGAGACGUGCGUGUGGACCAGGUGCGUGUGCGACCGCGUUAUCGACCCGGUCGCGCCCGAGGUGUCCAAUGGAGGUGUCGAUGCGGCAAGAAAUCGGAUCCGAGCGAAGAGUGUGAUGAUUGCCGCACACACCAACUACGAGUCAGCGACGGCCACCCCUGGGUCUCCGCCAAGGCCGAGAAGUUCAUGCGCACCCACCAGUACACCUCUGCGCUCUGCUAUGCCUGCGAAGCCGUACCCGACAUGGCGGAAAAUGGCGAUCUACACUCACUCGCAUACAAAAAUAAACGACGAAAAGAAAACGUACGCAUACUGGAAGCACUUAUUGAAGCCGGCAACCUCCAUCGCGCCGCUACCGGCCUAACCAAUCAACAGUUCAUCCAGGCUGUUAUCGGACUUCUAGACAACUUAGAAGGCGACCUCUUCUGGUGUCAAGACGUCCUGUUCAUCGUCCUGUUCCAGCUCAUACAACAUAACCAACCCUGGAUCCGAGAUACGCAAGACGAACAAGUCGUUGAGGUGCUCUCGCGAGCUUCAGAGCUUCUCGACCGGCACCUGAAAUGUAUGGAGAAAGCGACGGCGCUCUCCGCAAUCACCAAAAAGUUUUUCGUAUAA